UCAACACAUUGCGUGUUGCUGCUGGCUGCUAGCAUUUCCACAACAUGGGAAAGCAAAGUGACAGCGUGCUGGUUACUCGUAAAGCCUAGCCUGCUGGAAUAAGGACAGAAUAACAGUUUAAUUAGUCCUGUUGUUAUUUGUUUAGGAAAAUCUGCCAAAAUGGUGAAGGAGCAGUUCAGAGAGACCGAUGUGGCCAAAAAAAUAAGCCACAUCUGCUUUGGGAUGAAAUCUGCUGAACAGAUGCGUCAGCAGGCCCACAUUCAGGUGGUCAGUAAGAAUCUGUACAGCCAAGACACCAAACACACUCCACUGUCUUAUGGAGUGUUGGACCACCGCAUGGGCACCAGUGAGAAAGACAGACCCUGUUUGACAUGUGGGAAGAAUCUGGCAGAUUGCUUGGGACAUUAUGGCUACUUGGAUCUGGAGCUGCCAUGCUUUCAUGUCGGCUAUUUCAAAGCCAUCAUAGGAAUCUUACAGAUGAUUUGCAAGACAUGCUCAAGCAUAAUGCUGACAAAAGAGGAGAAACUGCAGUUCAUGGAUUUUUUGAAAAGGCCCAACCUGGCCUAUCUCCAGAAACGAGGGUUGAAGAAGAAGAUCUCUGAUAAAUGCCGCAAAAGGACAAUCUGUCUGAAUUGUUCCGCUUUCAAUGGACCAGUGAAAAAGUGUGGCCUGCUUAAGAUCAUCCAUGAGAAGUAUAAAACAACCAAGAAGGUGGUGGAUCCUUUUGUGUCAGAAUUCCUGCAGUCCUUUGAUAUCGCCAUUGAACACAACAAAGUUGUGGAGCCUCUGCUGACCAGAGCACAGGAAAACCUGAACCCUCUGGUGGUGCUGAACAUGUUCAAGAGGAUUCCCCAAGAAGACAUUCCCCUGCUGCUGAUGAACCCUGAGGCAGGGAAACCCGCGGACCUCAUCCUCACCCGCCUCCUGGUGCCUCCCCUCUGCAUACGACCCUCUGUGGUGAGCGACCUGAAGUCCGGCACCAACGAAGACGACCUCACCAUGAAGCUCACAGAGAUAAUCUUCCUCAACGAUGUCAUCAAAAAGCAUCGUAUGACAGGGGCAAAGACCCAGAUGAUCAUGGAGGACUGGGACUUCCUUCAGCUGCAGUGUGCUCUUUACAUCAACAGCGAGCUUUCUGGCAUCCCCCUCAACAUGGCACCUAAGAAAUGGACCAGAGGCUUUGUGCAGAGACUCAAGGGGAAGCAAGGUCGAUUCAGAGGAAACCUCUCAGGAAAAAGAGUGGACUUCUCUGGAAGAACUGUAAUUUCUCCUGACCCAAACCUGAGGAUCGAUGAGGUGGCUGUCCCUGUGCAUGUGGCCAAAAUCCUGACAUACCCAGAGAGGGUGAACAAAGCCAAUCUGGAGCUAAUGAGGAAACUCGUCCGCAACGGUCCUGAGGUUCACCCCGGAGCCAACUUUAUCCAGAAUCGUCACACACAGAUGAAAAGGUUUUUAAAAUAUGGGAACCGCGAGAAGAUAGCUCAGGAGCUGAGGUUUGGUGAUGUAGUGGAAAGGCACAUGAAAGACGGAGACAUCGUCCUCUUCAAUCGACAACCCUCACUGCACAAACUCAGCAUCAUGGCCCACAUCGCCAGAGUCAAACCUCACAGGACAUUUCGGUUCAAUGAGUGCGUGUGCACCCCGUACAACGCCGACUUUGACGGUGAUGAAAUGAACCUUCAUCUACCUCAGACUGAAGAAGCCAAAGCUGAGGCCCUCGUCCUGAUGGGUACAAAAGCUAAUCUUGUCACUCCAAGAAAUGGCGAACCUCUGAUUGCUGCUAUUCAGGACUUUCUGACAGGAGCCUACCUCUUGACGCUAAAGGACACGUUCUUUGACAGAUCAAAAGCCUGUCAGAUAGUGGCAUCAAUCCUUGUGGGAAAAGAUGAAAAAGUCAGGGUCUCUCUCCCCCGCCCGGCUAUAAUGAAGCCCAUGGCUCUGUGGACGGGCAAACAGAUCUUCAGCAUGAUUCUGAAGCCGAGUAAGGAAUGUCCAGUCAAGGCGAACCUGCGGACCAAGGGCAAACAAUACUGUGGCAAGGGAGAGGAUCUCUGUCACAACGACUCGUUCGUGGUGAUCCACAACAGUGAGCUGAUGUGUGGAAGCAUGGACAAAGGCACCUUGGGAUCCGGCUCCAAGAACAACAUCUUCUACAUCUUGCUUAGAGACUGGGGACAGCUGGAGGCUGCUAACGCCAUGUCCCGCCUGGCAAGACUCGCUCCAGUGUAUCUCUCCAACCGGGGCUUUUCUAUUGGCAUUGGUGACGUUACACCUGGCCAGGGUCUGCUGAAGGCCAAACAUGACCUCCUGGAUGACGGUUACAAGAAGUGUGACGAAUACAUUGAAGCUCUACAGACGGGCAAGUUGCAGCAGCAACCUGGAUGCACGGCAGAGGAGACUCUGGAGGCUCUCAUCUUGAGAGAGCUGUCUGUCAUCAGAGACCGAGCUGGCAGUGCCUGCCUCAGGGAGCUCGACAAGAGCAACAGCCCUCUUAUCAUGGCUCUUUGUGGCUCCAAAGGAUCCUUCAUUAAUAUCUCUCAGAUGAUUGCCUGUGUGGGUCAGCAGGCCAUAAGUGGCUCUCGAGUGCCUGAUGGUUUUGAAAAUCGCUCUCUGCCUCACUUUGAAAAGCACUCAAAACUGCCUGCUGCUAAAGGCUUUGUGGCCGACAGCUUCUAUUCUGGCCUGACGCCCACAGAGUUCUUCUUCCACACAAUGGCUGGCCGGGAGGGUCUGGUGGACACUGCUGUGAAAACUGCAGAGACUGGAUACAUGCAGAGGCGUCUGGUUAAGUCCCUGGAGGAUUUGUGCUCGCAGUAUGACCUGACAGUACGCAGCUCCACUGGCGACAUCAUCCAGUUUAUUUAUGGUGGCGAUGGUCUGGAUCCCGCUGCCAUGGAGGGAAAGGAUGAGCCGCUUGAGUUUAAGAGAGUCUUGGACAACAUCCGGGCGGUUUACGCAUGUCCAGACGAGCCUGCACUCAGUCAAAACGAGCUGGUCCUCACUGCAGAUGCUAUCAUGAAGAGAGCUGACUUCCUGUGCUGCAGAGACAGCUUCUUGGAGGAGAUAAAAAAAUUUAUUAAGAGCAUCUCAGAAAGGAUCAAGAAGACCAGAGACAAAUACGGCAUCAAUGACAAUGGCACCAGCGAGCCAAAAGUUCUCUAUCAGCUGGACCGCAUAACCCCCACCCAGCUGGAGAAGUUCCUUGAAACCUGCAGAGACAAAUACAUGAGAGCUCAGAUGGAGCCAGGCUCAGCAGUUGGGGCCCUGUGUGCCCAGAGCAUUGGAGAGCCUGGUACUCAGAUGACGCUGAAAACCUUCCACUUUGCUGGCGUAGCGUCCAUGAACAUUACUCUGGGCGUGCCUCGCAUCAAAGAGAUCAUCAAUGCCUCCAAGAACAUCAGCACCCCUAUAAUCACUGCUCAUUUGGAUGUGGAAGACGACGCUGACUUUGCCAGGCUGGUGAAGGGGAGGAUCGAGAAAACACUUCUAGGAGAGAUUUCUGAGUACAUAGAAGAGGUUUUUCUACCGGAUGACUGUUUUAUCCUGGUGAAAUUGUCACUGGAGAGAAUAAGACUGCUGCGACUAGAGGUAAAUGCAGAAACGGUACGUUACUCCAUCUGCAUGUCUAAACUACGAGUGAAACCAGGAGACAUUGCUGUGCAUGGCGAGGCUGUGGUGUGUGUGUCUCCACGAGAGAACAGUAAAAGCUCCAUGUACUACGUGCUGCAGUCAUUAAAAGAGGAACUGCCUAAGGUGGUGGUUCAAGGUAUACCUGAGGUUUCCCGAGCUGUCAUUCACAUUGAUGAACAGAGCGGAAAGAACAAGUACAAACUCCUGGUGGAGGGGGACAACCUGAGAGCUGUCAUGGCAACACAUGGAGUGAAUGGAAGCAGGACCACUUCAAACAAUACAUAUGAGGUUGAGAGGACCUUGGGUAUUGAGGCUGCUAGAUCCACCAUCAUCAAUGAGAUUCAGUACACCAUGGUGAACCAUGGAAUGAGCAUUGACCGGCGUCACGUCAUGCUUCUGGCAGAUCUCAUGUCCUACAAAGGGGAGAUAUUGGGAAUCACCAGGUUCGGUUUAGCCAAAAUGAAGGAGAGUGUCCUCAUGCUGGCCUCCUUCGAGAAAACAGCUGAUCAUCUCUUCGACGCUGCCUACUUUGGACAAAAGGACUCUGUCUGUGGUGUGUCUGAGUGCAUCAUUAUGGGGAUUCCAAUGAACAUUGGAACAGGACUGUUUAAACUCCUACACAAGGCUGACAAGGAUCCCUCUCCACUCAAAAGGCCUCUCCUCUUUGACAGUGCAGACUUCCAUAUACCUCUGAUCACAUAGCAUCAGAGAAAGAAACAGCAGGGAUGUGUGAAGUUAGUUUUUUUUCCAGAGCCUGCUGUCUAUAGACAUCUUAAGAUUAUCUUCAGCAAAUACAGAAGUGCCUGCUAAAGUGUCCGAUCAUGUUCUUCUUGGAGAUCUAACAGAAAAUAGGAAUGUGUCUUUUUUUUAUUUGCCGUGACAUUGUUGCUGAUGCCACAGACUGUGAGAACGCUGCAUUUCAUUUUACAAAGAAAGUUUGUUAGCAUGUAAGAGCUACUGGAGUUGCUUAUUAUUUUAGUUUAAAUCUGGUAAACUGUAAGGAGAAUACAGAAAACUUCUGUUUUUCUGGCUUUUUACUUGUUUGUAAAACAGUGUGUUUCCUCUGUUAUUAAGAUGUUACAUAAUAUUAUGUUCCCUCAAUAUAAUGGCACUGAACACUGUGAAGUUUCUGGCAGUGUUUUAUAUGUAUAACGUAACACAGUUAUAUAAACACUUGUGCAGCAGACUUGAGAAUACCUCUUAAUCAUUAAGCAGACUUUAUCUCUUCUGGUUUGGCCCUUAUUUUUGCAUUACAAUAUGAACUGCUUGUUCCUUAGCAGCUUCGAUUUGCCAAAAAAUACUUUUUCUUAUUCACACUGCAAAACCCAGUUCAUUUUGUCUUUUCUGAAAAGUGUUUGUUUUGAUACAAGAUUCAGAUCAGCAGGGCUUCUUUGAGGUUGAAAUCUUCCAUCCCAUAUGAAGCCUAUUCAUAUAAUAAUGUAUAUAUUGUAAUAAAAAUAAAAGACCCAGAAAAUCAAGUUA